CUAGAGCGCUAGUCUCGCGUCGCGUACUCUUCCGUUCGUGCUGGGGAUUCCGCGCUCGCUUACCUGUGUAUGUGACAUUUUUUUUUCCACGGACCGUUCGCGCUGCUGCAACAUGUUUACCUGGAUGUGCCGCCCUCAUCACGAUAACCAGCUGUCCGUCUUCGAUUCCAUCAUGAUAUUCACGUCGCCUUAUCGACAGUAUUAAUUCUCAGCAAAAACAGAAGUAAAGAGAGAGAAGGGUGUCAUGGAUGAUGAAGUGCGUCUUGAAGGUGAAGAGGAGAUGGAGCUGGAUGAGGCUACCGAUGGCGAAGACGAAGAUGAAGAGACUGCAGGAAUCCCUAUAUCUCCAGCUAACUCGGAUCAAUUGCUUGGACAGACAACACCAACAACUCCUGGUAACAUUACACCAGAUGAGGCUUUUCAUGAUCCGCUGCGAUACUCAAAAUUUCCAUUACCUGGUGGUAAACCUUUAAAUAUUCGUCGUGGACCUGGUAGGCCUCGGAAAGAACGACCUUUUGGUUUAACUCGAGGAGGGGGUACUAGAAGAUCCUUUGGAAGGGGCAGUACCAGAGGCAAAGGAUUUGGAUACACAAGAGGUGUACCGCGUCGCACUAAAAGUAAAGAUGAUGAUACCCACUCCGAAUCUCCAAGUCCUUUACGUAUCACUGGGAUGGAUGAUACUGGUCCUGAUGGUAGUGGUGAAUUGAUAGGAAAUUCGGUCGAUAGGUCGAUGCCGGCGCCCGAGGAACCUCCUUACUUUCCUGAACAAUGGCCCGGCAAAGUAUGCGCGUUAUGCAAUUUAGGCGAAAGGAGUCAGUUGGGACAAGGUGAACUCUUGCGCCUGACAUGUCCGCCAGGUUUUACCCCUGAAAAACCGACGAAUCGCGAUGAAACAGCUACUGAUCAUCUUGUCAAUGUCGUUGUCGCAGGAGAUAAAAGUCCGCGUGCUACUGGACCUGGAAUUGCCGUUACCUGUCGUAGGCAAAAAAGUCUAGCCAAAUGCAGGAAUACUAGUCUAACUAAUUUCACGGAACCGGUGGAAGAAUUGACAAUCGUAGGUUAUUUGGAAGAGCCGGAAGUCGGGGUUCUGUUCGAUUCCUCGACUGGCUAUUACUAUGUCCACCAGUCAUGUAUCAUCUGGUCUAGCAACAGUCAAAAUUUAUUACCAGAAUUGGCAUGUCGUGCCGUUCUACAGGCUUCCUCAAGACGUUGCGCCUAUUGUUCGCAUUAUGGUGCUGGAAUUCCUUGUAAAGUGACCUCGUGCAAUCGUUAUUUUCAUUUUCCGUGUGCUGCGGCCAGCAGUUGCUUUCAAGAUACUAAGAAUUUGGCCCUUUUCUGCAGUCAGCAUCUUGGCCAAGUCCCGCUUUUAUUAUGUGGAGAGGUAACUUGCGUUCAAUGUUAUGGAAUGGGUGAUGUCUCGAAUCUAGUGAUGUGCUCCGUGUGCGGCCAACAUUAUCACGGUAGUUGCGUGGGCUUGGCGUUACUACCUGGAGUGCGUGCUGGAUGGCAAUGCGUAUCUUGCCGUGUGUGUCAAGUUUGUCGGCAACCUGAGGAUGUUUCUAAGGUAAUGCUAUGUGAACGAUGUGACAAGGCUUAUCAUCCUGGUUGUCUGCGACCAAUUGUCACUUCCAUUCCAAAAUAUGGUUGGAAGUGCAAGUGUUGCCGCGUAUGUACUGAUUGUGGUUCACGUACUCCUGGAGCUGGGCUAUCUUCCAGAUGGCAUUCUCAUUAUACCGUCUGUGAUUCAUGCUAUCAGCAGCGCAACAAGGGCUUCUCUUGUCCACUCUGCAGGAAGGCAUACAGAGCUGCGGCAUAUCGCGAGAUGGUUCAAUGUCAUGGUUGCAAAAAGUUCGUACACGGCACAUGUGAUCCCGAAGCUGACCCGCUUACUUAUCAACAACGCAAAGAGGCGAAGCCGGAUUACGAAUACGUUUGCUUGCACUGUAAGAGCAUUGCCAUGGUGGCCAGACGGAAGGACAGUAUCGAUGAAGGCGAUUUAAGUCUAAGUGCUUCUCAAGAGAGCCUCGAUGGUGAAUCUUCUGAAUUAGAUUAUCCAAGUGGUUGUUCCGAAGAAGCGCUUUAUUCAGUCGGAUUAGGAAAAGGGAAACCGUUUUGUGCCACAAAAAUCGCGAAAAAAAGAUUGGGAAUUAGCGGCGGAAUUAUCGGUAGACCCAAAGGUAUCGGGAAACUGGGCUAUCAGAAGCGGCAGAAAAUGACAGAGUUUGGAAGAAAGAGGGGGCCCAAGGGAAAGAUGAGAGGGUUUUAUGGAGUGCCCGAAGUGGGUUUGCAGAGUCCAAAUCCAGAUUCAUCCCAAUCGAAGGAAGAAGAACAGCUUGGCGGUGAAAACAGAUUGAUCCUAUGUUCGGCCAAGGAUAAAUUUGUUUUAACUCAGGAUAUUUGUGUGAUGUGCGGCUCGAUUGGUAUGGAUCAGGAAGGUUGUUUAAUUGCAUGCGUACAAUGUGGCCAGUGUUAUCAUCCAUAUUGCGCUGGCGUUAAGAUCACUAAGGUCAUCUUGCAGAAAGGCUGGCGAUGUCUCGACUGUACUGUCUGCGAAGGUUGUGGUGAACGAAAUGACGAAGCUCGCUUGAUCCUUUGCGACGACUGCGAUAUCAGCUAUCACAUUUAUUGUAUGGAUCCGCCCUUAGACUAUGUGCCGCACGGCACAUGGAAGUGCAAGUGGUGUGCGCAAUGUCAGACUUGUGGUUCCAACGAUCCUGGCUUCAAUUCAUCCUGGCAGAAAAGUUACACUCAGUGCGGACCCUGCGCUUCUCAUACUGCUUGCGUGGCUUGUCAAGAAGCUUAUCAAGAGGGUGAUCUCAUCAUUCAAUGCAUACAGUGCGAAAGAUGGCUUCACUGCGGUUGUGAUUCGAUUAAAAGUGAAGUUGAGGCCGAACGCUGCGCCGAGGAAGGUUACGUUUGUCUUCUCUGUCGUCCUAGAGAUGUUCCUCCUCCUCAUCUUCUCUCUAAACCUUCUUCAAAAUUCAUUCGGUCAUCGUCUCCGCCUCAAAAUCGGACUACAGAAUUGUUCAAAGCUUCCUCGCAACAGUAUCUGGUCGAAGGAGUAUAUCUUUCCGAAGUUGGGAUGAAUCAUAUCAAAUCUUUAACUGCAGAACAUCAGCAAACAAGAAAAAAGAAAAGAAAACAGCCUCAGAUGGUGGAUAAAGAAGCAGACAUUAUGGCGACUAUUGAAUCUGUCGUUGCUGGAGGAAGUUUGGACAAUUCUUUAGAGGAAAAUAACAAAUUAGAAAUGAUGGAUGUUAAAGAUGAACCAGAAACAGUGUUGAAAGAAGGUAUGGUAUGGAAUCAGCCUGCUCCAGAAGGCUUCAGCAUUUGCACUUCGGAAAAUGGACUUCCUGUUUUGCGAAGAAAACGUCAAAGAAAUCUGCAAAAAUUAGGAAUUGGAGGAUUUAUUGUACGAUUAAGAACCAGGAAAGACAAAGAAGAAGAAGGGGAUGCUGAAAAACCUGGAGAAUCUUCAAUUGUAGGAAUGGGGGACGAUAAACCUCGAAGGAAACCUCAGAGAAGAAAGCCGAAAACGAAACUGGCAGAAUGUUUUCCUAUUUACAUGCAAGAAGCAUUUUUUGGCAAGGAUUUAAUGGAUACAACGAAGGAGAAAGAUCUUGAAAGCAGCAGCGAAUCCGAAGAAGAACACAAAGUUCCUGAAAAUGCCAAUACAAUUCAGUUAUCACAAGAUGAAUUGAAGGUAAUGGAACAAGUCAAAGCAAAACAAGAAAAAGAAGACGAAAAGAUUGCUCCUGAACAAAUCAAAAGAGAAGAAAUCGUGGAAGAUGAUGGGAGCGAUACUGAAGCACUCGGAGAUAUUUUACCAAUUUCCGGGGAUUUAUUGGAUAGCGAUCUAGUAAAUACAAUAAUGAAUGAAAACGAUGAGGACUUAGCUAAAGCAAGCGAAGCAUUGGACGAGUUAGAUGAUGCUCAAGCUGGAAGUAAAGAUGAAUUGACGGAUAUCCUCAGUCCACAUUUUAAUUUAGAGUCAAUGGUCAGAGACACUGGAUUACCUAAUAUGGACAGUAAAGAUAUUGAGGAAAUAUUUAAAGGCGUUCUGACUGAUGAAUCUCAGGAGUCUCAGGAAUCAUCGGUAUUUUCUGUGCAAGCUCCAACUUCGCAUCCCUCGACAUCUACUACUCCUUUAGUAUCGCCCUCUCCUCAUUCUGGCAUUCAAACUGCAAUACCUUUAGCAAGACCUCAAGUACCUGGUGCUCUACCUUCGGUUGGCCAAUCAAACUUAAAUUCUCCAAUGAGUUUCCCACCGCCUUCACCAUAUCACUCCGAAUACAGCAAUAGUCCACAGUUUAGUCCGGCAUUUUCGGAGCCACCUAGUCCAUGGGUAAAUCCUGAAGACGAAGGAAACGCUCCAGCAGGCAAUGCUACCAUUUCAUACAACCAAAGAAGCAAUCAAAAGAUGGAGGCCGACGAAGCAUUAGGCACUGCAGCGACAAUAUCCUCGGUUCUCUAUGCUAAUAUUAAUCAUCCUGAAUGGAAAACUGAGUUUCCAGUAUGGGCCGAGAGAUGUAAGCAAAUCCUAAAGAAAUGGCGAGCACUUCCAAAUGAUAAGAAAGCUCCAUAUUUGACUCAGGCUCGAGAUAAUCGAGCUGCGAUUCGCAUGAAGAAGACACAACAGGAACAGGACAGAAUAUCAAACAGAGAUCGAUCGACCAGAGAAGCUGAGCAAGAGCGACAAUGGAAACAAUUGCAAGCCUUACGUCAACAACAAGCACAAUUACAGCAGCAGGUCAUCCACGAGCAACGCGUACAUGCGAUUGCCAGAGUACAUAGACAAAUUAGCGAGGAAAAUACACCUCAGUUAAGUAAUGAUACUACACCUGCAUUAACGGCUCAAUUACAAGUUUCUACAGCACAAGAUACGAGCCAACUGACUUCCCUAGCCUCGCCUUCUCGCAGUACUUUUGCUACACCUUCACUCAAAGCCCCUCGCAGUCUCACACCUCAAUCACCUCAUCAUCAAACUAUGGUACGCCUGCCUGCGCAAGCACCUUGUCGGGGUAUACGUCCGGGUUUUCCUCAACCACCGUCUCCUUUCUCACCGCAGGCACCUCCAUCACCUCAUGAUUUUCCACAGUCCCCUGCCUCUUCUCAACCUUCUCAAGAAUCACAUUUCCAGCGCUUCGAGGGCAAUGUCUCAACUCCUGCAUCUCCUUAUUCAUCACCCCAGACACCAGGUACACCCCGUACCCCUGUGUUUAAUCCUCCACGACCCCCUGUUUAUGCUCCUCCUCCUCCUCCUCCUCCUCCUCCCCCUCCUCCUCCUCCUCCGCCUCCGCCCCCUUCUCCUGCAACAUCGCGAACUCCUGAUCCUUACAGUCAGCCACCUGUUACUCCUACAUCCGCCCCUGCCGCACCUAGCUAUCCAUCGCCCAGAGGUUCUGAGACUCCUCGAACACCUCAGGAACAAGAAGCGGCUUUCGGGCAGCAACCGGAAGUCAAUAGACAAUUGAGGGACUUACUGCAAAGGCAACAGUUUAAUAAGAAGAUUGAAGGAGUUGGCGCCAAUUGGGUUCAAGAUGGUCAGAAUAAUACAGAGAACAAUCAGCAACAAUUUGAAGCGGGUCAUGUGCAGCUUCAACAACACUCUCAAGUACAAAACAAUUCUAGCGAAGGCACUUUUAGACAUCCACUUCCGCCAGGCAUCGUUAGACCCAGAAUGCCCAUUCAAUCGAACGUCUUAAUAAGAAAUUCCAUUGCAGGAAAUAUUCAGAAUCCGAUUGACCAUCGUACCAGGACAUUACUGCCGAAUAGAUCCCAAGCUACGAAUAUACCUGCUCAACAGCAUUUUCAGGCAACUCAAAGCCUCCAAACACGAAUGCCAGCAGCAAGAAAUACCAUUUCUGAAUCUUAUGACAUUUUACAGCAACAGAGAUUUACAGAUGUGAAUCAAACGCAAAAUCAGCGCGUUGCACGGACAGCACAGGACAAUUUAAGCCAAGGUAUUCGCAUGUUGAGCACAACUCCAGGGAUGGUCCGAGCGCCACUCGUCCCCACGACAAUGAGCGAAACCACGGGAGUGGCUACUUCAGAAGCAUCCGAGAUUCCCGACAAUGUGACAGCUGAAUUGGAAAAGCUGGAGCAGGAAGGAGCUGGUCCAAUGGUCGAAGUUGAAGGAGUCAGUGCAAUAUUAGGAGAUUUGGCAGAUGAUGAUGACGAACUGCUCGCCGAAAUGGGAGCGGAUUUCAACAUUUUGGAAUAUGCCGAUCCCGAACUGGACACGAUCACAGGUGGGGAGAAGACCAAUAUUCUUGAUCUGGAUCUCGAACAAGUCGAAGUUGAUCCCAAAGACGAUAAGCAAAAAAAGGAAACUAGGGAGGAAGAUUCGAAACCAGAACUGACUGGUCCACCCUCUGAAAUUACUGAUUCUUGCUCGACGAGCACGAGUUUGACUCUGACAGAAAAUUCCAACGUGCCGACAAUGACAACGCCGCAGACGACAUCGCAGGCAAUGCAGGCUCAAGUAAUGCAGCAGCAAUUGCAUCAACAAGUGCAACAGGCGGCAGUAAUGGGCCGACCGAUGAUACCAGGAACGAGGUUAGUUUCACCAGAUGGAGGAGCGAUUGGAGUGGUGACUUCUACAAAUACGGUAACUGUGAGCUAUCCAUCGAAUUUCCCCGGACAUCCGCAGAGACUUUCACAGGCACAUAUACAAGUUUCGCAACAGCAACGGCUGGGCAUGCGAGUAGCGGGGGUGCCAAAUAUGACUGGCAGAGUGGUUGCUGUAAAUCAUAUGAUUGGUCCCAGGAUGCCAUUGGCUCCGCCACCACCACCGCCGCCACCACCACCACCACCCCCGUACCCCGGACCUCCACCGCCAUAUCCUGGACCGAUACAGUCGUGUUCACAGGAGCAGCCAUUACUGCUGGAGGAGCUGUUAGAGCAGGAGAAACGAGAACAAGAAAAACAGCAGCAACAACAACAGCAGCAGCAACAACAGACUGACAAUGUCCCUGGAGGGAGUCUUUUGAGUGACAGUGAUUUUGAAAAACUUAAAGCUGAUGUUUUGGGCACUACGUCACCUCCUCAGAGUAUGGUGCCCGUGAUAAGACCACCUUGUACGGCAAGAUCACCUUCUGCAUCUAAUACUAAUUGGCAACAAAGUGGCGUAGCUGCUGAUGGGGCGGCAAAACUGGCAGCAGCGCAAGUGGGAUCGAGACAACCGAUUGCUACGCAGACUCCACCUGAACCAAGAGUGGCUGUGUUUAACAUUCCUCAAAAACCAGCACCACCGACUCCACCAGAAAAUAUAGUUAAUGAGCAAGAUCGGCAAGUGCAGAUGCAUUAUGAGCAAUGGCUUAAUAAUCACCAUCAAAUAUUAAUGCAACAAUUGAAAUAUUAUGAGGGAGAGGUUUUAAAACUUCGUAAAAUAAGAAAGUCUCUCAAUAGUAAGCAACGUCAACUUCGAAAAUCUGGUAACGAACUGACAGAGACUGACGCUGCUGAACUACAACGGGUUUCUAGCGAACAAGCCAUUCUUCAGAAACAUUUAGAUACCUCGCGUAAACAGCAGCGUCAACACGGUCAAUUGAUCCAAGAGUAUCAGAGCAAACAACAACAACGACAGACUCAAUCGCAACCAAACGAACCUUGUUCUCCGUUGAUGUCACCUUCUCAACAUUCUCCGAUGCAUUCUCCAGCAGCACUGGUCUCUCGAAGUCCUGGUCCCAGCAUGAUUCAACAUUCACCAGCAACUCCAUCAAUUGUUCAGCAUAGUCCAGGCACACCUCUGCUUCAACAUAGUCCAGGCAACCCUCAGUCGACUAAUCCGGGUACAAUGUCACCUCAUAAUGUUCAGCAACAAUCGCCAAGAAUUGGUACUCCUCAUUCUCAAGGUGACGAAAGUCCCUUUAGUCCUGGACCAAUGCCUUCUCCCGGUUUAUGCAAUCCUAAUACUACGCGAAUGACUUCACCACAACACAGAACCAUUAUUGGCGGAAGAUUGACAACAUCUCCUGGCACUUUUACGCCGGAGACGCGAAAUCAACAACAAUUGAUGACUGAUCAGGGUGUAAGAGUUCAUAGUUUAACUCAGAGAUUUGUUAGGCCACCAGAAGGGACACAGAGGAGAGCAGGAGGUAUCGUUUAUAACCCGCAGUCAGGACAACAGCAGUUACUGAAUCAGCAGUUGUUGCAGAGGCAACAGAUUAUUCAGCAACAGCACGAAGGUGUCUCUCAGGAUCAAGGACAAGGAACUCUUGUUCGGGGAACACUGCAGCGGCAGCAAGUUUUCCAACAACAACACGAAGGUGUUUCUCGACAACAAAUUCUUCAGCAGCAACAACAGAAUGAUAUUUCUCAAGAUGGACAGAAUCUUAUUACUCAAAGAAAUUUGCAAAUGGUUCAACAAAGACAGAUUCUUCAGCAACAACAGACUGAUAUUAUUUCUCAAGAAGGACAGAAUGUUGUUACUCAAAGAAAUUUGCAAACAGUUCGCCAAGUUAUUCAGCAGCAGCAGCAGCAGCAGCAACAACAACAAGAAGGCAUUUCUCAGGAUAGUCAAAAUGUUGUUACUCAAAGAUCGUUGCAAAUGACUCAGCAACGACAGCAAAUUCUUCAACAGCAACAACAAAUUAUUCAGCAACAACAAACCGAAAGCGUUUCUCAGGAAGGACAGAGUUCUAUUAAUCAAAGAUCGUUGCAAGUGGUUUCACAACAGCAACGACAACAAAUUCUUCAGCAGCAACAACAGAAUGAUAUUAUUUCUCAAGAAAAUCAUAAUGUCAUUGCUGUUCAAAGAAACUUACAGAUGGCGCAGCAACGACAACAAAUUCUUCAGCAGCAGCAACAAAUUCUUCAACAACAGCAUGAAGUUGUUUCUCAGAGUAUUUCUCAAGAAGGGCAAAAUUCUAUCACUCCUAGAACACUACAAAUGAUUCAGCAACGGCAACAGAUUCUUCAACAACAGCAGCAGCAGCAACAGGAAGGUACUUCUCAAGAUGGGCAAAAUAUUACUGUGCAAAGACAUUUGCAAAUAGCACAACAACGACAACAGCAUGAAAGUGUUUCGCAAAAUAUUUCUCAAGAAAUGGGACAAAAUGUUCAAAGAUCAAUACAAAUAGCACAACAGCGACAACAAAUCCUUCAACAACACCAGCAACACGAAAGCAUUUCUCAAGAUGGACAGAAUACUGUUGCUCAAAGAAAUUUACAAAUAGCUCAACAGCGUCAACAACAAAUUCUUCAACAGCAACACCAACAUGAAGAUGUUUCUCAAGACGGACAAAACGCUGUCACUCAAAGAUCAUUGCAACUGACUCAACAACGACCACAAAUUUUACAGCAACAACAUGAAGGUGUUUCUCAAGAACAAAAUGCUAUUACUCAAAGAUCUUUGCAAAUGGUUCAACGACAACAGAUUCUUCAUCAACAACAGCAACAUGAAGUCAUUUCUCAGGAAGGGCAGACUUCUAUUGUUCAAAGAUCACUUCAAAUGGCUCAGCAACGUCAACAAAUUUUACAUCAACAACAACAUGAAGGUGUUUCUCAGGGUAUUUCUCAGGAAGGACAGAAUUCUAUUGGUCCAAGAUCACUCCAAAUGACUCAACAGCAACGACAACAUAUUCUCCAACAACAACAGCAACGGCAAUUCUUACAAAUGCAACAACAACAACAACAGAAACCGCCCAGUUCGCCGAUGGUGUCUCAAUCAUCAAACUCCCCCAGUCCACAGCUUCAUCAGCAACUUCAACAAAAUUAUGGCCAACCUCCAAAUUCUCCCAUGGUGCAACAGACAACGAUGGGUUCUCCGAUGCUUCAACAACAAUUGAAUCCGACUUCACAACCUCCUAGUCCAAUGAACAGAAUUUCACCCAUGCUUCAUGGUAGCCAUCAUCAUUCUUCGACUACUACUCAACCACCUAGCUCUCCUAUGAUGCCUAGAAGUCCUAUGGUAGCAGGAUCUCCUAUGCAGAUGCAGCGAAGACAGUCUACGGGAAAUAGUCCAGCUAUGCCAGACAGACCUCAAAGUGUGGAAAAUCCUGGAACUCCAAGAACACCUCAUACACCACAUAAUUUUGUCCAACAAAAUACUAAUUUAACUAUAACUCCAAAUGAUCAGCAACAAGUUUCUCAACAAAUUUCUCAGGAACAAAGUUCUUUAUCAGACAAUCUUCCUAGAGGUGGGGGAAACUCCAAUAAUCCCUUAAAUCCAAUUCCUUUUCAUAAUUUUGAAAAGUCUGGAUGUUUUAAAUUAGGAUUGAAGGGCGGCUCACCAGGUGAUCAGAACCAGAUUUGUCAACAAGUUAUUCCAUUAGAAAAAUCUAUUAAAAACGGAGAACAUCUUAAUAAAUCUAUGAAACCAAUGCGAUUUCCUAAUUUUGGACGGUUUGGAUGGUUCAAGUUGGGCUUAAGGGGUGGAUCGCCAAUGUGGUCAAGCAAAGCAGAUAAUAGUAAGGGUGGUAAAGGGUCGGAAACAUCUCAGGUGAAACGAGAGCAAUCUGCAGAAGAGAAAGCAAAUACUUCUACAAAUCGGAAAACUGCUAGAAUUAGUUCGCUAGUCUGUGUCGAUUACAAUGACUUUGACGACGAUUCACAUACGCCGCCACAGGCUUCGCCAACAACUUUGGAGGUAAAAUCAACUGGUCAAGGCUCUUUAACCUCUUCAACUUUAGAUAAUGGAUCUCUAACUUUGGAAAGUCCUGGAGAAAAACUAGAACAGCUUCCAGAUACAACAGAUUAUGAUGAUGACAAAACUAUUGUUAAUACUGAAGUGACUUUGAGUUCCACAGCUCAACGCGAUAGUGACGAUAUCACCGUCAUUGAACAAUUCGGUGAUCCAGAACUGGUUGAUGUUAUUUCAGGAACUUUAGAAGGUGAUAUGCAGGAAGAAUAUGUUCUCUUUGAACCUGGAAUGGUGGUAGAUCUUUCUGCUGAUAGCAAUGAUUCUCUUUGUCAUGCUUUAGUGAAUGAUGCUGGUCAAGGCCACGAUUUGGUGCAAAUUUUAGAGAUUGAUAAUUCAGAAUCUCAAUCAGAAGAACCGAUUUUGAGUGACGAAGAUCUAGUCCCGUCUCAUUCAAGAAAUAAAAAGAGUCUUAGACUCGAUAUAGUGAGAACCUUGCAGUCUGGAAAGAAGCUAGUCGCUGUAACUGAUACUCCAGAAUCUCCGGAUCAAGAGGAACUUCGAGUUGAUCCUUCUCCAAGUCCUUAUUUAGAUCAGUCUCCUGAUCAAGAACUUAUGGUAUCUUUAGUAAGUGAAUCUGAAGUGGUUAUCAUCGAUCCCACGACGAAAUCUCCUGAAGACAAUCUUUCUAAAGGUUCUUGCGACGAAGAGAUUGAAAAAACUGAUAACAUACAAACUGAUGUUUCCAAGGAAAGUAUAACUAAUGAAGGCUCGACAGAUGAUCAAACCAGAUCUUCAAAACAAAAUAAGAGUCCUACAAAUUUUAUCUUUGCAGAUAAACCUUAUGCCAAAAUAUCAGCUUCAACUGCAUACCCAACAAAUAUUAAUGUAACAGUUUCAAAAUCGGCAGUUGCUUUAAUAAAUACUGCAAUUUCUUCAAAUUCGACUCCUAGUUUAGUUUCUGUUAGUUCUAAUUCUCAACUAAAUCAGAUCUCAAUUGCGACAGAAACUAAAAUAGCAGAUCAGUUUGACUUGAAAGAAGUUUCCUCGAAUUCUUUCAGCAAUCAGAAAGGUGUCACAUUGUCAGCGAUGGCGAGCAUUGUGGCAGAUGCGAAAAUUGCCGCAAAACUUAGUCAAACCGCUCUGGAGAAUAUCUCUAAUUCUCAGCAAGACAAAUUGAAUCCGAAAAUCAUCUCCGCCAAUGAAAUGUCGAAAUUAUUCUCAGAAAAUAUUUUCUCAGAGAAGUCUUCGACAACCUUUUCAAGUUCGCCAAAUACAACGAAAUCUCUAAACAAUCCCACGAAAUUAAUACUAAAUGUACAGUCAACCUCUGUGACGCUUUCGACUCCAAAAAUGUCGAUUCCGGAUCUGCCGAAAAAGGAUGUUAUAUCAAAAAGCAAAGAGAAACUAACAGACAAUCAAGAAGGUGAUACGAAGAACGAGGAGAAAAUCCCGGAUAAAAUUAAGGAUGAAAGCGAUUGUUCAAAUAUAUCAUCAAAUACUUUUUCAGAGUCAAUCGAAGAAAAGAAAACUGAUCCAUUAAAUACAACGGACGAACUGGAGAGUAUGCUAGAAGCCAUUCACAAUCCUGCAGAAAAUGUUGAAAAUAAAAACGAUAUUCCAACGACAUCUCUGAAAAGAAUGUCACCCGUUACCGAUGAUCUGUCACUCGUUAAUAUCUUGGAAAAUGACACUGAACCGGUGGAAAAUGAUAAAGAACAGAUUUCUUCAGAUUCUGAUAUGCAAAAAGCAACGAACAAAUCCGAAGAAAUUCAGAAAAAAAUUGAAGAUACUAAUAAUGAUAAAAAUACACAUUCAAAUAAAAAGAAUCAUCAGGAAGAAUUGUGUGCCGAAAUGGAGAGUUCCAAACCAUUUCUUCAGCAUUGUUUAAGCGAAGAAAAGACACUAAUGGAAGAAUCUUCUGAUGAUAUUUUAGAUAUGUUACACAAUAUUAUUUCAUCAAAACCGGAAAUGGCAAAUAGUAGCGAAUCGAAUAUUAUUUACCAGAUGCCAACUCCAUUGGAUACUUUGCCCUUAAAUAUUCUUCAAGAUUCGUUAAUGGAUUUAGAGCAAGAUAAUCUCGAAAAUGAUCAAAUUUCUUCAACUGAAGCUAAAAAUGAAGUAAAAAGUCAAAAUUCUGAAGUGAAAAAGACUUCUCCAGCGACGAGUCAAGCUUCCACUUUGGUAGUUAGUACCGUGGCGCAAUUGCAAAAAAGCACGACAACAGUUCCUCAUUUAUCGCCACUCUCGAAGCCGACAGAAUUGACUUCUAAUGUGGCCAAUGCGUCCGAUCAACUGAUAUCAUUAUUUUCAUCUUUAAAAAGUAAUCAAACAACAGUGAACCAAACUGGAGUGGUCACCUUGGUUUCUUCAGUGAAAUCUGGAAGCGUUUUAUCUACUUCUAGUCCCUUGUCGACAUUGAAUUCGUCAAAUAAUGUUCAGAGUGGAGUUUCGACUUUGACAAGAUUAAAUCAAGGUCGCUCUCAACCUAGUCUGAUCACCAAUAUUUCAAAAGAGACAGAAUUAGCCACAAAAGAGAAAAAAGAAUUAAAAGAAAGUAGCGGAGUUAUUACUACAGAUUCGAAGAUUAAUAACAGCGAGCAGAUCUUUAGGGUGGGGACUUCUUCAGGAACAACUUUUCAGACUACUACAGUUUCAAAUCUUGUAAGCACGUCUUCGGCUGCAGUUACUUCUAGAACCAUUACAACUUCUAUCUCCAUCACUUCAAAUGCUAUGCUGAAUGCCAUGCUAGCUGGUACUACCUUGAAACCUUCAGUUGCUGGUCAUGGUCGAAAUAAUACAAUACUAACCCAGUCUGCUAUCGGUUCGCCAUCGACUUCAAUACAGCGCCCGCAAAAUCUUCAGGCGAUUCUUCAAGUUAGUUCAGGAUGUUCCACACCCUCUCGAGUACUGAUAAAUACUAGUUCACCCGUAACUAGCUCAAUGCAAUGUAUUAGGACUAUUGUGCCACCUUUGGCUACUUCUAGUGAUGUUUCAAGUACUCCAAGUAUUCUUCAAUCGACUUUAUCGCAAGCACCAAGUCCCCUUUUAACCUCUAAUCAGAACCAGCAUAAAUCUUCUGGUCUUCUACCAAUAGACAAUAAAAAUAACGAUCUUGAAACUCAAUCUACAACAGUGAAAAAAGAUACUGAAGAAUCUAAAAUUCAAGAAAAGAAAGAAAUAGAUUCCAAAAGUUUUUCUAAUUCUUCUAGAUUAGAGGAAUCCCAAAAUGUGUUACUGAAGCAAUUAUUGCAAAAUACAGCAUGUCCUACAACUUCGGCACCGUCGCAAGGACCCAGUUUGCCCUUUCUUUCGCUAGAAGCACAACUGGCUCAACCAGUUUUACCUACGCCACCAGCUUUGCUACCUCAAUUGCUGAAUGAACCUCCAACACCGAAGCCAGUAAUAAAUAAACAAGUUCUUGCGAGAGAAACUUCUUUUUUGUCGCAUUCAGUGACACCUUUAAAGGUUCAAAGUUCAUCAAUUAAGGAAGAAUCUGCUAAAGCUCCUCCUCCUCCAUUAACUAGUUCGAUUACAACACAAAGAGCACAGACUGAAAGCUUAAAGCAACAAACAACAAAGUCAAUUCCUACUUCUUCAACAAAUUCUUCGGGAAAUUCUGUAUCAAGUCAACAGCCAGUUUCUUCAACAAUAACAACGACAAAAACGUCUCCGAAUAUUUCUACGAAUCAACAAGAAACUCCUGUAAGUCAGAAUAAACUAGGAACUGGCAUCAGUGAAGGACUUCAAACUCAACGCGUUGCUGUUUCCAAAGUUGAUUUGCAAAAUAAACCGUUAGUAACCUCUGGAAUAGCCUCGAAAAGCGUCCAAUUAGCGUCCAGUAAUUCUAAUAAUAUAUCUGGCCCACAAACUCAAGUUCAACAAUCUCAAAACCAAGCUCCAGUCAUGCAAAAGACAACAAUCGCACAACAACAACAAGUUCCUUCUUCUUCGACUACUUCCGUUCAGCAACAAUCUGUUCAGCAACAAGUGCCUCACAGUCACGGAACUGUCGCGGUUCCACCACAAACCGUUAUGGGAUCCGUCGCUCCAUCAGGUUCCAACACAGUGCCUUUAGUCGAGGUGAAGAAGGAAAUCGGUCUUGAGGAUGUUUUGUCCGCUCCUAGCACAACAUCAGUCAGUCAAUUGCAGACAGAUACCAAAGACUUUCUUACUACCAAAGAGGAGCUCAUAGACGGCGCAAUGGAUGAUAAAACUGAUCUUAAGAAGUUGAAGAGGAGACAGUACCAGCAAAAGAGAAAGCAGAGCCAGGGAAAAGAUGCCGUAACUGCACCUCAAAAAAAGCGUUCCCGUAAAGUUUCGCGCCUUGAUGAGGAUUAUGACACAUUUGUGGACAAUUUGAUGACACAGUUGCGACAACUUCAGCCAAUGGCGGUUCUAGAACCUCAUUUGAGUCGUAAUUACGGGGUGUGUCCGAUUUUUGGCUGCGGAGAUCUUGCUAAGAUUGGAAGUCAGAAGGAUUAUAACGCUCGAAUUGGCGAUUUGAGUGGAAAUUAUGGAUCAGCUAGUUUACCUGGAAUUUCUGAUCAUUAUAAUACACAGCCAUUUGGAGAAUUAGAGCCUCUGCCACCCCAACAACCCUCGACUACUCAGAGAGGAUUUUAUGAUCAGGAAUUUCCACCUUUGAAGUUGGACGAUACUGAUGAUAAGAAAGAGAAUAUGACGACCAAUCGCGAUGUGGAUUCUCCUGAUACUAUUGUAAGUUCAUCCUCGCCUGAGUGUGUUAUACCAGAAUUUAUGCAUCGUUUCCCCGGACUGCGAUUGAUUGAGGAAGAAUCAGAUGAGGAGGCGGAAUGGCUGAAACGUGUGUCACCCGUUAUACCUUUGAUUUCACCAAUUCCAAUCAGACUGAAGCCUACUUACUUAAAAGAUGCAGCUAAACAAGACAAGGAGAAUCUUGGUAUACCCAAACUUGGCAAGUCUCCUCCGAUUCCUUUACGAGAAAGCGGAAAUGUCACCGUGACCUUAACUUUGAAUAGUCAGGCUGCUGAUGAUAUAAUGGGUGUACUUAAAGAUCUUGCUAAUAUUCUGAAUAUAACACCACCUGCUGGUUAUCAAAUAGUCGAACGCACUACUACUCCUCCCAGUCAAAAAUUGGGGUUGUAUAGGACAAAAGGAAAGGACGGCAAAGAGGGUACUCCAAUCGAUAUACAAAGCAUUCUAAAUGGAGCGGCAAAGUUCUGUCGUCAUUGUGACGUUGUGAUCCUUAACAGUUUAAUUCGGAAAAAAGUAUCGGAUCUGCCAUUCUUAAGCAAAGAAGAAGCUGAACCGGGUGAUGAACUUUGCUUCUGUUCGGCGGCUUGCUAUAUGCAAUUUGCUCUCAUGCAUCGAACACCUUCUAGUACUCAGGAUAAGGCUGCGACGAUAGUAGACCAUUUAUGCCAUAAAACAGAAGCAAAAAUAUUAGAAAAUGAUUUAAAAAAUCUGAAAAAAUAUCCUAUUAAACAACAGCAGCAGACGGAGAGGCUUGAGACUAUAGAGAUUGGUAAUGAACCAACAGCAGAGAUCAAAGUGAAAACUGAAAAAUUGGAUAACGUUGAUAGUAUAGAAAAUGAAGAAAAGCGAUCGAAGAAACAUCCGAUUAAUGAAGAAAUCGGUGAUUCUAUCGAGUCUCAACCACCUGCGAAGAUUUGGAAAGGUUUGAGAUAUAAAACAUGGUCGAUGGGAGUCAUGCAACCUGCAACUAAAUUUAAAAAACCCACUGAUAGAGAAAUUACUGAGAUGCUAUUUCGUAUGGGAAUUGCGGUAGCUCCUGCAAAAGCCGAAGACACUCGUCGUUGCGUAUUUUGCAAGAGUCAGGGCGAUGCAACAGCCGAUGGACCAGCUCGAUUACUCAAUUUCGACGUAGAUAAAUGGGUACAUCUCAAUUGUGCAUUAUGGUCCAAUGUGGUGUAUGAGGCACAGAGUGGCGCACUUAUGAGACUGGACGAGGUUUUGCAGAACAACCUUGUACAAAUUUGUAUUAUUUGCGAAAAAUCUGCUGGCACAGUUAAGUGCUAUAAGCCAAGGUGCACUAAUUGGUAUCACUUGGUAUGUGCUAUCAAAGAUGGCUGUGGCUUUUAUAAAGACAAGACCAUAGCUUGUCCUCAACAUCUUAUAAAAGACAAAGAUAAGGAACUAACUACCCUUUCUGUUUAUCGUCGCGUCUACGUUCAACGCGAUGAAAAUCGUCAAGUCGCUGCGGUGAUGCAUCACUCCGACAAUAAACAUCUGCUUCGUGUCGGUUCCCUUAUCUUUCUCAGUGUUGGCCAGCUGCUUCCUCAUCAAUUGCAAAAUUUCCAUACUCCCAACUAUAUUUAUCCGGUGGGGUACAAAAUCGUGCGUUUCUACUGGAGUAUGCGCAGACCCAACAAACGUUGUCGCUAUGUUUGUUCGAUCCACGAUGUUUCCGGUCGUCCUGAAUUUCGUGUUCUAGUCCAAGAACCUCUUCAAGAGGAUGUCGAACUGAGAGAUGCUACUCCACGAGCUGUUUGGAGUCGAAUCUUAGAGCCAUUGGCAGAAUUGAGAAGAAGUACGAACUCUGUUCAAUUAUUCCCGCGAUACGUUUCAGGAGAAGAUCUGUUUGGUUUAACAGAGCCAGCAGUAGUGCGAGUACUGGAAAGCUUACCUGGAAUUGAGACUUUGACCGAUUAUAGAUUUAAAUACGGUCGUAAUCCACUGUUGGAGUUACCUUUAGCCAUCAAUCCAACAGGAAGUGCACGGACAGAGGCACGUUUGCGUAACCAGCUACCAUGGAAACGGCCGCACACGCAACGCACAGGGGGUUUUGCUUCACGUGGAAUGCCAUUUGGUUUACCAACUUGUGGUGCUGCUGCAACAAUGGGCGGUGGAGUCUCUUCAACAUUAGUUGCAGCUGCUGCUGCUGCCAGCGAGGCCGCCUCUUGCCCAUACUCGAAGCAAUUCGUACACUCCAAGAGUUCACAGUACAAGAAGAUGAAGCAGGAAUGGCGUAAUAAUGUUUAUUUGGCAAGAUCAAAGAUUCAAGGUCUAGGAUUAUACGCAGCAAGAGAUCUGGAAAAACAUACGAUGGUAAUCGAGUACAUUGGAGAGAUUAUUAGGUCAGAGUUGGCGGAAACAAGGGAGAAACAAUAUGAAGCUAGAAAUCGCGGUAUAUAUAUGUUCCGAUUGGAUGAAGAGCGAGUGAUAGAUGCGACUUUAUGUGGUGGUCUCGCUCGUUACAUCAAUCAUUCUUGCAACCCAAACUGUGUCGCCGAGAUUGUUGAAGUUGAGCGCGAUCUCAGGAUUAUCAUUUUUGCCAAGCGCCGAAUUUCACGUGGCGAAGAGUUGGCAUAUGACUAUAAAUUUGACAUUGAAGAUGACCAGCACAAGAUUGCAUGCGCUUGUGGCGCACCUAAUUGUCGUAAGUGGAUGAAUUAAAAAGAAACCAAAACGACGAUAAUAGAGAAGAAACAAAAAAGGAAAAAAAAUAAAGAAGAAAACUCAAUCUCUCUACCCUGCCCAUUGUUAUCAUUGUUGCUAUGUUAUAUAAGUUUAUAGGAGUGAUCCAGGGUUACAAACUAAGGGAUAAAUAAAGCGAAGAAGUUGUGGUGCUAAUCAGAGUCGCCAUCACAUUCCUCCAAAGUGUUGUACAAUAUAUAUUAUAGUUGUCGUAAGAGAAAAUGUCGAUUGCUUGUAUAUUAUUGUAUACGAUGAGAAAAAAAAUAUUGAAAGAUAGGGAAAAAGGGAAAAUGGGUUAUGUGCGAACGACAGAAGAUAAAGAAAUUUUCAAUCUUUGUGCUUUUGGUCCGAUAAUGACUUGUUGUAAUAUAAAAACAUUUAUAUAAUAAUUAUUAUUAUCAUCAUGUAUAAUUAUAAUGAUAUAGAUACACACGCAUAUCGUGUGCACCGCACUGUUUCUGUAUAUACAUAUAUAUAUAUAUAUUAUAUAUUAUACGAAGUAGUUUUAUUUUCGAAUCACCUGAUAUAUGUAUGUAAAGUGCAACUGAGAAAAUCUGAAACAAUUUGGAAGAAUUAUAUACAAUUAUUAUACCGA